GACUGGCAGCCGAUCUAUCUAUGGUAUUUCGUAAUGUGUGACGCUCAGAAAUGCUUCACAUUUGUUAAGCAAAUAAACAAUAAGCAAUUUGUUUGUUGCUCUGGUUUUGGUUCUGCUUGGCAUGCCACACGGACUAGCUCCAGCCGAUGAUGACAUCAUAUGCGAUCCACACGCAGAGCAAGAGAUACAGCAUUGCGCAUACGCCUCGUGAGCAAACGCUAGCGCUCGCUCUCGCUCCCGCUCCGAUUUGCUCUUGGCUCGCUAAACGCUCGCCGCUGAGGGCAGCGUUGGUUGCCCAGCCAGUUACGAUGGAGACGCAGACGCUGCAGAUCAGACUGCUGCCGGCACAGACAGCCGAGGAGCGUGCCCGCAACAUAAUAGCCAAUGUGGUUGUCGAGGGUCAUCAGGCCGCGCUGGUGCCCUACAUCGAUGAGCAAGUGGGCCAAGCGGCCGAGAAGCGGACGCUGCUCACCCAGCUGGAGGCGGCACCCGCCCCGGCACAGCCACGCCUGCGCUACUACAAGCCGGGCCCCUCCACCUACAAACUGCUCUGUCCGCUGUGCCGCGAGAGAAGCGAUGCGGCUGUAAUGCGCGCCGCCGGCUGCAAGGACGCCAGCUGCUGCCUGAGCCUGCUCUCCUGCGUGUUUCCCAUCUUUUGGCUCUGCUGCAUUUGCACCUGGUGCGGCUGCAAUCGCGAGUGGACCACCAAGGGCGUCUACUGCAGCCGCUGUGGCGGCAAGCUGGGCAUUCAGAGCAAGUCCGAUUAGGUCAAUUAAAUUGAUAUAAAUGCCACACAUAGUUUGUUUUAAUUCUAUUACGCAUCUAACUCAAUUAAAGACGCACGCUCGCUCGAUCUCUA